AUGGUCGUACUAACCACUUUAGCUAUCGCCAGUCUCCUGGGUCUGACCAGUGCGCAAUUCCCUCCUAAGCUCGGAGGGGUGACAGUCAUUCAAUCCAAGCUCCACGAGAACGUGAGCAUCUCAUACAAAGAGCCCGGAAUCUGCGAAACCACCCCCGGUGUGCGCUCCUACUCUGGCUACGUCCACCUGCCCCCGGAUUUUCUGAAUGGAAGCGACAGUGGGCCGCAAGGCUACCCGAUCAACACCUUUUUCUGGUUCUUCGAAUCCCGCACAGACCCCGAGAAUGCCCCGCUAGCCAUCUGGCUGAACGGCGGCCCCGGCGGCUCCUCGCUGAUGGGCCUCUUCGAGGAACUAGGGCCGUGCACCGUCGCCGAAGACGCGCAAACGACCAUCCUCAACCCCUACAGCUGGAACAACGAGGUCAACCUCCUCUUCCUCGACCAGCCGGUGCAAGUCGGGUUCUCGUACGACGUGCCGACCAACGGGACCAUCUUCGCCAACGCCAACGGGGAAGGGGGCAACAUCCUACCCGGAAACUUUACGACCGAAAUCCCGGAGUCGAAUCUUACCCAUCUGGUGGGCACCUUUGCCAGCCAGCAGGUGAACGCCACCGCGGAUACGACGGCGCAUGCGGCGCCCGCGCUGUGGCAGUUCGUGCAGACGUGGCUCUCCGAGUUCCCCCUCUACCGGCCGCGCGAUGAUCGCAUCAGUCUGUGGGCGGAGAGUUACGGGGGUCACUAUGGGCCCGGGUUCUUUCGGUUCUUUCAGGAGCAGAAUGAGCGGGUUGCCAACGGGGUGGCGGAGCCGGAGGCACGGUAUUUGCAUUUGGAUACGUUGGGGAUUGUGAAUGGGUUAGUGGAUUCGUUGGUGCAGGGGGAGUCGUAUAUCCACCUUGGGUAUAAUAAUACGUACGGGAUUGAGAUCUUCAAUCAGUCGACCUACCAAGCGCUCUUGGAUCAUUGGGAGCGCCCUGGAGGUUGUCGCGAUCGCUUGGUGAAGUGUCAGGCAGCUUUAAAGGAUCGCGAUGCGGAUGUCGUCCCGUCGCCGAAUAUCUCUGCUAUCUGCGAGGGAAUCGAGCAAGGUUGCGCAGGGGGUGCGCCUCAGUUAUAUGCACGCGAGUUGAACCACUCCUGGUACGACAUCACACAUCCCAAGCAUGAUCCAUUUCCCCCCAAAUCAUGGCUGGGAUACCUCACCCAAGAAUCCGUUCUCUCCGCUCUGGGGGUCCCCGUCAACUUCACCGGAGCCUCCCCCGCCGUGAGCGACGCCUUCGUUGGCGCCAUCGACAUCGACCACGGUGGCUUCCUCGACGCAAUCGCCUACCUGCUCGACAGUGGUGUGAAAGUGCACAUGAUGUACGGCGACCGCGAUUUCGCCUGUAACUGGCUCGGCGGUGAGGCGGCCAGCCUGGCGGUGCCCUACUCCCGCGCGGAGGACUUCGCCGCGGCCGGGUACACCCCGCUUCUCACCUCGGAGGGGGUGAAAGGUAUGACGAGGCAGUUGGGCAAUUUCAGUUUCACCCGCGUCUAUCAGGCCGGUCACGAGGUGCCGGCCUAUCAGCCACUGGCGUCGCUGGAAAUUUUCAAUCGAGCGACCUUCGAUCGGGAUAUCCCGUCCGGGUUGGUGCAGGUGACGGAUGAGUUUCGCACGGUCGGGUUGCGGGAUACCUGGAGUAUCAAGAAUGAGCUGCAGGCGGUCCCGAAGGCCAGGUGCUAUAUUCUGGAACCGAUCACUUGUGAGCCGGAGGUCUGGAAAACGGUGGUGGAUGGGACGGCCGUGGUGCGGAAUUGGUAUGUUGUUGAGGAUGCGGAUGGGGGUGAGGUUGAGGGUGAUGUUCUGGUGGAUUCGCGCAGUCAGGCGGUUCUGGGUGGGGCUGCUUGA